UUGGGAGAGAAACACCACACAAAAAUAUCAGCUUCACUGCGCUUGAGUGCUGGCCGUGCCUUUUUCCACCAUCCGCGUGCGCAGCUUCCAACCUUCCUCCUCAACACCACCACCGCACACACGCACCCCAACAGCAGCCAUGGCCAAGGGUAAGGGUAAGGGCUCCAAGAAGGGCGGCAAGAUCAAGGUCAAGGUCAACCCGGCCGAAGAGAAGGCCAGGAAGCGUGAGCAGGCCCUCAAGGCAAAGAAGGCCAUCGAGAACAAGAUGUUCCCCGCUCGCCCCCGCGACUUCAGCAUCGGCCAGGACAUCCUGCCAAAGCGCGACCUCACCCGCUUUGUCAAGUGGCCCAAGUACGUGCGCCUCCAGCGCCAGGAGCGCGUGCUCAUCAAGCGCCUCAAGGUCCCUCCUUCCAUCAACCAGUUCACCCAGACGGUUGACAAGGCCACCGCCACCCAGCUCUUCAAGCUGCUCCAGAAGUACAAGCCAGAGGACAAGGCCCAGAAGAAGCAGCGUCUGCGCAAGCUCGCCGAGGAGAAGGCCGCCAAGGACACCGCCAACGUCGGCGACAAGCCCGUCGUCCUCAAGUACGGUCUCAACCACGUCACCGCUCUCAUCGAGCAGCGCAAGGCCCGCCUCGUUGUCAUCGCACACGACGUUGACCCCAUUGAGCUGGUUGUCUUCCUUCCCGCUCUCUGCCGCAAGCUCGACGUGCCAUACUGCAUCGUCAAGGGCAAGUCGCGUCUUGGCCAGCUGGUGCACCACAAGAAGGCCACGUGCGUCGCCCUGACCGACGUCCGCCCCAAGGACGAGGAGGCUUUCCGCAAGCUCGUUGACACGCUCAACACGGGCUACAAGAACCGCUUCGACGAGAUCCGCCGCAGCUGGGGUGGCCAGCAGCUCGGCCCCAAGACGGUGCACCGCCUGCGUGCCGCCGCCAUCAAGAAGGAGCGCGCUGCCGCUGCCAUCCGCAUGUAAACCCUGCGACUCGCCGCGCCGGCUAUUGCAUCUCUUUCUCCUCUUUCUCCUCUUUCUCCUCUUCUACUUGCCAGUGUACACUCCGCUGCGUGGUGGUGUUGUUGUUGUUGUUGUUGUGCCAUUUUCCUUGGUAUCACAGUAAAACACGGCCACCCAAAGCGGUGUGGGGGCAAGCACAACCGAGUAAAUGAAGUUGUCACACAACACGACCUCG